UUGUCUUAGAUCUGUUCACAGACCAGGUGUCAGCGUGAUUUGUUUGCCAGUUAGUGACACAGUGCUGCUUCUAUUGAUUAGCCUGCUAGUCUCCUGAACAUGAAAGUGGUAUCCUUCAUCCAGCAACUAGGUAGAUGUACUCUUAUUAAUCAAAAGGUGUCUCAAAUCAGGCAUUGCAGCCUGCUUGGAUGUACUCUUCAGCAUAAGCAGGCAAACUUACACCCAUUGUGGAGAGGUGAAAUCGAAGUUCCUGGGGGUUCUCGUCAGUCUCCGAUUAACAUUCGAAUUCGCGACAGUGUUUUCCAUCCUCAACUAGCACCUGUGCAUACUCAGUAUGACCCGAAUACAUGUCUUUACAUCUGGAAUAAUGGCUACUCCUUCUUUGUGGAAUAUGAUGACUCUACUGACAAAUCAACUGUUAGUGGAGGACCUCUAGAAAACCCAUUUAGACUGAAGCAGUUUCAUUUCCACUGGGGCAGAAACAACGACUGGGGCUCUGAGCACACUGUGGAUAGCAGAGUGUUCCCUGCAGAGCUUCACCUGGUGCACUGGAACUGUUCCAAAUAUCGGACGUUUGAGGAAGCGAUUAUGGAACCCAAUGGCUUGGCUGUUAUUGGCGUGUUCUUGAAGGUGGGGAAACACCAUGAGAAGCUGCAAAAGUUGGUGGACAUUUUACCAUCUGUCAGAUACAAGGAUGCUCUCACAGAAUUUAAUUACUUUGACUCAUCUUGCCUUUUGCCGUCCUGCGGUGAUUACUGGACCUAUUCAGGGUCUUUAACCACUCCACCACUGACUGAAUCGGUGACUUGGAUUAUUAUGAAAAAACCUAUUGAAGUUGAUCACAGUCAGCUGGCUGUUUUUCGAAGCCUUCUCUUCACUGCUGUAGGAGAGGAGGAAAGAUAUAUGGUGGACAACUUCCGUCCUUUGCAGCCACUCAUGAACCGUACUGUCCAUUCAUCUUUUGAGCCAGCUCUGCAAAUACCUCACAAGAAGUCAGAGGAACACACACACAGGCAACAGGCUGGAUAACUGAAUGCUGAGCUAUAUCCGCUUCUAGCAUAGGGAAUGUUAUUGGGAAGAAUAGUAGAGUAAUCGUGUAGAAGCAGUUUGGACUACAUUUUGGAUUUUCUAGCAAUACUCCUUUUUGACCAUGCAUCUCUACAUAUCUUCCUUAGAACUAAAAAACUGACUUCUUAUUUCCGUCAGGGCACAACUUUAAUAACCAAAUGUUUCUGUAUUUAACUAACUGGUUUUGAGAUUUCUUUGGUGAACUUUUACAUAAAAAAAACAAUUUUACAAAUUUGUAUAACUGACAUAGGCUACUGAACCUUAGUGAUAUUUCUGGCCCUGGGCAGCUUGGCAAUUCACUUUAAUAUAGAACCAGCACUUCUUUUUCUUUUACAAAUUAUUUUUUUUGCCUUGGUGGGUUUUGAAUUCAUUCUUGGAUGUUGGUGACGAAAGUAUUGGAACAUAAGACAAAAGGUAGUAGGCUUUAGUUAGUGUUCACUGCUCUGCAAAAUAUGCUUAGAUAUUAUUUCAUUAAAGAUUAAGACUAUUCAAGUAGCAGUAAGCAGGCACCUCAGACUGACCUGAAAAUCAAAUAGUCUGUAAUUUCAAGAUAGUCAUUAAUGGUUCCCUUCUAGAGAUUAUAUAAAGCCAGUCUGCAGAAAACUACUUGUAAUUUGAUACAUUAGACUUGCUUGAUGUUAUGAGAUUCCAUGAAUAUUUCUGUAAUCGGUUAUAGGAAGCAAGGGAUAGACCUGAAACUAGAAGGCCAUUUCUGAAAUUCUUUGGCAAAACAGGAUUUUUAUAAAAUGUGUUUUUGAUUUAUUGAAAGACGGGAGUCUCUUCUUGGUAAGUCUGAGGCAUUAAAGUGGAUACACUUAAUAUCACAAAAACAUUUAAAAUAAAUAAAUGAUGUAGAGAUGCGCGCACACACAUAUAUAGAAGAAAUCCCUGACAAAAAAUCAUUAGAAUACAUUAUGGCAGCUUCCUCUUAAAUGUAUAUGUUCAACUAUGCUGCUACAUACUAAAAUGCUAAAGUGUAUUUUUAUUGUUAGUGGGACUUUAAUAGAUUUAUUAAAGCUUGCAUUUCUGGGUUUAAACAGAUCACUGUGUUGGAUGUAUAGAUUGAAGUCACCAUUUAUUUUAAAACAUAAUGGUCUAAAAAUGUUAUGUUGUGGUGUUAUAUAAUUGCUGUUCCUAAUAUGACUCGACAGUCAAGUGCAUUUCAAAUAUCCUUUUCCAUUUGGUGCCACUGAGGGUCAAACCAAUGUAGUUUUAAAAUGCUUGCAGAUACAGGUUGAAAAAAAAUAUGGGCCUUUAUAAAAGGAGAUUAUUUAUUUUUAUUUCCAUGAGUUACAUACAAAGGGAAAAUAGUAAAAUGGUAAAUGCUGUUAACACAUCUGUAGAAAUGUUCAGCAGUUAAUAAUAAUGAUGGAUAUCCGUGAACUUGCUAAACUUUUCAAACUGAGACACUUGAGAGCAGAUUUUGGCAGAUGCCAGUUUAUGAGCAAGCGUGAGAAAUAGCUAUAGCAAACCACACUACAAGUGACCUUAACUAGAUGUUGCUUGUGCACUUAUUGUCCAUAAGGAAUGAAUUGUGCCAAUUCAAGCUAUGUACUUAGUCUAGAUAUAUACUGGUUAGAAAAAAAAAAGGUAUACCAGUUAUUCUGUAAUCAGCUGGAACACUGCAAUGCCAUGAGUGUAGGGUUAAUUUUCAUAGUUUAUGUUCUCAAAUAUAGUACUAUACAAUACUGUAAAUUUGGGAAUGAAUCUUUUAUAUAAAAAUUGAAUUCAUGUGGAUCCAAGAAUAAAAUCCAGUCCAUGGAAAAAGCUUUAGUUUCCCAUCAAUAAAACAAUUCAACCUAUUUUUUGUGCAAACAAUUUAGCCAUUGAGUGUUUUCUGUUUGGUUUAACUGUGCUUUCUCUGGCUUUGUGGGAAAUGGCCUUUUGUAUUCUGAGACAUAAUUAGAAGAGACUCUAUUGACAAUUACAUUUGCAGCAUGUUCAAAGCAAUUGCUUCUUUUUGGCUGGUGUUAUCUAGGUCAUUCCUUUGAGUUUAUACUGUAGCUGGUAUGGGCUGAGUCUCCAAACUGUUAGCAAACCAAUUAAGUUCUUAAUUAACACGGUUAUGGAAAAUGUACAGUGCAAGUAAAAUUAAUUUUCUUGCUCAGAGGUCUGCUUCACAUUGUUUGCAGAUUUGUUUAGUGUUAUUGUUGAUAAAAAACAUGUAUUAAAAUAUGUUGGCCUGUUUGUUGUUGCAUACAUAUAUGUUGUUGCAUACGUAUAUGCUUGUUUACUAAUAUAGAUGCAAAAUUGUUCCAGUGCAGCUUCCCCUAGAAACAUAGCAUGGAGAAUAGCAUUGCUGAUUAGGGAACAAUGCAUUUUUCAAUAGUUCAAAUGCAAAGGAUCAAAACUGGCGAUUUUGGGAGGGGUUACAAAAAAUUAGCUGUAAAAACUCCCCGCCUGUGUGCCCUUGUCCUUAUUUCUUAAUAUGCAGACUUGGCCUGCUUAAAAAGAAACACUGUUUGAAAUAUAUAGAAAUCUCCUAUCUGGAAACCAAUUAUCCAGACAGAAAGCUCUAAAUUAAUUAAACACAAAUUUUAAUUUGGGGGAGACUCCAGUUGCAGCAUGGCAUUUUAUAUUUCUGCAUUAGAUGGUGGAGUUUAUAAACUGCUUACUAUUAUGUUAAUUUCUGUUUGUUUAUACAGUAUAAACUUCAAUCAGGAUUAAUUAUAUCUUAGUUGAACAAGUACAGAGGAAAAGGAAUUCAUUUUUUAAAUUUAUGUCUAUGGGUGAUGAUCUUCCUGUAAUUCUGCACUUUUUAGGUAUCCGGUUCAGAGUUCUGGGAUGUGCUGUUGAAGUGGAUUGGCCAGAACUUUGUAGGUCAUAACUGGUUUUAUGAGUUAUUUCUAUUGUGCAUAAGCAUUGAUAUAUAAAUGCAACCUUAAAGGAAUACUGUCAUGGGUAAACAUGUUUUAUUUAAAACACAUCAGUUAAUAGAGCUUCUCUAACAGAAUCCUGCAUUGAAAACCUUUUUAUAAAAAAAAAAAAAAGCUUUUUUUUUUUUUUUUUUUUUUUGCUGCUAAAAAGGAACAUUGGAAGUCGCUAAGCUAAAGUUACUCAGUCUGCAGCCUUGUGUCUUUUUAAUGGUCAAGGUUUCAAGGUGAGUUCCAGGAUCCUUAAUUACAUAUCAAUUAUAUAAUAUGUAUAGAUGCAUAUUUUACAACCACAAGAGGUCCAUGUUUGUGAACUAAAAGAAACAGGGUUGCUUGGAGGUGCAGGUCACAAUAGUUAGUGUUUGACUAGGAGAGGCUAUGCUGGAUGGUUGUUGUUGUUUAAUUUUUACUCCCCCACAACUGCCUUCUAUAAAUUUCUAGAAAUUAUUUUGUAUUUACUGCACUUUAUUUCAGUUAAACAUAAAGCUACAAGGUCAUAGGGAGCAAUUUGUUUAUCUUUUCUGAUUAAACAAUGAUAAGACUUCUAUAAUUUGUGGGAAUAUUUUUUCAUGUGACUAAUGUGCAAAGGAAGCACUAUUAACAAGAUAUCCUGUGUGGGUGCCAACACAAAGCAGCUUGUGUGAUCUUGCCAAACCUGCUUUUAGUAGGAGCUGGCUAAACAAAACCUAAGUGUUUAUUCCUUAUCCACUGAAAUCUCUACUUGCCCAUUUCACUUGUUAAUAUGAAUGCAAUAAUGUGGAAUAAAAAGUCUUUGGGUCCAGUUUAGCAUAGUCCAUAGAAAAACAGCUCAUGCUUUUAUCUAGUAGGAAAAUCAGGAAAACAUUUUGAUUAGGUAUGUAAAUACUUGCUGGCCAUAGAAAGAUCCAGUUUUCCCAUUAUUGCAUUCUGAAUAAUUGCGAUUUGUAUAUGGCUCUGUACAGGAUUUCUGCUAACUAUUUUCUAAGAAACAACUGCAUAUGUCCUUAACUCGUACUGUACAGUGGGUAUUUUCUAUCCAGAAAACCUGGGGAAAUAUUUUUGAUUUACAGGAUUCAGUCAUUUUCCUCUAGCACAGUUUUACAUGGUUUUGGGAGCAAAACACUCAUUGACACUGUCCUAAUUCACUUAGUUAAUGAACUUUAAGGGUGAAGACACACAGAGCUACUAGUAGCUACUUGUCAUGGCUACAGAAAUAGACAAUGCUGAUCAUCUGCUGAUAAUUGUCUCUGUUUUAAUUCUCCGUAUUGUCUAUGGCAAGGUUUUUUCUGGCAGUUAGUAGCUGUGACAAGUAGCUGUGUCUUCGCUCUUAGACAUAGUGGUUAUAGCUACACUUCAACACAUUCUGGCUUGGUAUCUACAUUGUAGAACAUGUAACUGUCUGUAUCACUGCAGAGCAGUGCUCCUUUUAACUUUCAUAUUCUGUAUCCAAUAUGUUUCUCAAGUGCAGUUUUUGUGUAUCUUGAAAAAAGUUCCAUUCUUCAUUGUAUUGUUAGCAUUUGUUUUUGCUGCUUUUUUAUGUCCUGAAUUCUAUAUAUUCAAAUAAUGUCUAAUUUUAUAUCAUUUGUAGAAUGUUUACUGUGCUAUAAUGUAGAAAAUAAAACUGAUUUGUCAAAAG